CGCCAAACGAUGCUCGCCGCUGGUUGGCUCCAGUCACAUGUCCGACAAUUUGAGCCGGCCAAUAAGGAAUCUUUCUGAAGUUGUCCGCGCUUUCAAGGAAUCGAUAAAGUGCCUAAACUGAGAUCAGACAUGACUCACCUGCCUGUGAUCACAUAUAAACAAACGGUCCGUGCUGCAGGUAAUAGCCAUUUUGCCGUUAGCAACAACCGGAUAAUUACGAAGUAUCCAGUUGCGUCAUUACAAUGGACAAUCGAGACGAAAACGGUGAAAUGGUGAAUUUGAAAGACAUUGGUGAAAGACAAAAGAUGUUAAUAAAAGAGAGAAGGGAUGUUUCAAACAAACGCAAUCCAAAUAGUUCACAUCUUGAUAAUGACAUUCAUAAUCAAAACUUAAUAUCAGACAAUGAAGCUAAAUUUCCUCCCGAAGGCAAACCACAAACACCUAUACAAGAUGUGAACGACUGCCUUUUAGCGUGUAAAUUUGGACGUUUCAACAUUAAACUACUAUUAGUCACUUUAGUCGGCUUCGUCAGUGGCGUUUCAGUCAUAAAUACUACCGCAUUUUUAUUACCAAGUGCAGAAUGUGACCUUAAUAUGUCUUUAGUUCAAAAAGGAGUUUUGAACGCUAUUCCAUAUUUAGGAAUGUUAUUUUCGUCAGUACUGGCUGGUUUUCUUACCGAUACAUUUGGUAGAAAAAUAUUUUUACUCAUAGGUUUUGGUGGCACGUUCGUAUGUAGUGUGAUAGCUGGCACAAGCCAAACAUACAAUGUGUUGGUUGGCGCUAAAUUCUUCGAAGGACUUUUAUUCGCUUCAUCUUUUAGUGCCGCUGUGUCCCUUUCCGCAGAAUUUUGCCACAAUAGCAUAAGGGAUCGGAUUAUAGUUAUACAAUCAUCAUUUCUUGCGCUGGCGCAGGUUAUUAUAGCAGCUAUAUCAUGGGCGGUGUUAAUUCAGGACUGGAAGUAUGCCAUAUUUGGAGGAUAUUUAGUGCUAAAUACAUGGAAUUUCUACCUCUACAUAAUGUCGCUGUGGUCACUAAUGGCAUUUUUACUAUACGCCCGGUUGCCAGAGAGCCCAAAAUAUUUAGUGAUGCAGAGGGAAUACAAUAAAGCAAGGGAAAUUCUUAUAAAUAUUUACAAAGAAAAUACGGGAAAGCCGGCGGAAAGUUAUCCCUACAAAAACAUAUGGACUGACGAAAUAAAUGUAAGGAUGGAUGAAAAUGCUGGAUCGAAAACAAACGCGACAUUUUUACAGCAAAUCGUAAUUGGUCUGCGUAACAUGCGACCAAUUUUUCAAAAACCUUUAGUAAAAUAUUUAAGUGUUAUUUGUGUCAUCAACUUUUUGACAAUGGCUUCCCACAACAUUAUAUCACUAUGGUUUCCACAAGUCUCCACAGUGGUGGAGCAUUAUAAAAGCGGUGAUCAAGAUCUUUGCACUGUACUAGACGCUUACACUGAUGAUCUGAAAAACAAACUCCUGAAUACAACUGCGGAAACAAAAUGUAUACCGGCCAGAAGCGGGGCAGAGACUUACAUAAACAGUAUGAUUAUCGGCGGCAUUAGCAUAGUACCUAUCCUCAUAACUGGCAUCCUUGUGAACUAUAUACGGAAAAAUACUCUAGUCAUCCUAACCUGCUUGCUGUUCUCCGCUGCUACCCUGGGCAUGAGAUGGGUGGCCACGAAGACAGCGUUCGUAGCUUUGUUCGCUGUAGACGUGUGCAUGGGUCAGACCAACAAGAGUUUAACCCAAGCUAUCGUUGUUGAAUUUUUCUCGACUUCUACGAGGAGUCUGGCUUUGUCAAUAAUGAUGAUGUUGGGGCGUAUCGGCACACUACUAGGAAAUGUCGCCUUCCCUGUAUUGCUUAAUAUAAGUUGUGAACUGCCGUUUUUCCUUAUAUCUGGAAUAAUGCUUUCCAAAGCACCCCGAGAAGAAAAACCACAGACCCCCAUACAGGAGGUCAGCAACUGCCUCAAGGCCUGUAAAUUUGGACGGUUUAACAUCAAGCUGUUACUGGUGACCCUGGUCGGCUUCGUGAGCGGGGUGGCUGUCAGUAACACCACCUCGUAUUUACUGCCGAGCGCUGAAUGCGACCUUCAUAUGACGCUACUGCAAAAGGGAAUACUGAACGCUAUGCCAUAUUUAGGAAUGCUGUUUUCCUCAGUCGUCGCUGGUUUCUUAACAGAUACAUUUGGAAGAAAAAUAUUCUUACUUCUUGGCUUUGGCGGCUUGUUCUUAUUUACUGUGAUAGCGGGUACCAGCCAAACAUACGAUGUGUUAGUCACUGCUAAAUUCUUUGAAGGGCUUUUGUUCGCCUCUUCCUUCAGCGCCGCCGUUUCACUCUCAGCUGAAUUUUGCCACAACGGAAUCAGGGAUCGUAUCAUAAUACUUCAAUCAUCGUUUUUAGCAUUAGCACAAGUUAUUAUAGCAGCCAUUUCAUGGGCUGUGCUCAUCCAGGAUUGGAAGUACACUUUGUUCGGAGGAUACAUAGUUUUAAAUACAUGGAAUUUCUAUUUAUACAUAAUGUCGCUGUGGUCAUUGGCGUCUUUCUUAAUGUACUCGUGUCUACCAGAAAGUCCGAAAUACUUGGUGAUGCAGAAAGAGUAUGCAAGGGCAAGGGAGAUACUUAUAAACAUUUAUAAAGAAAAUACUGGAAAACCAGCCGACACUUACCCUUACAAAAAUAUAUGGACAAACGAAAUAAAAGAAGAGAUUGAUAAAUUUUCCGAAUCGAAGAAGGAAACUACGUUCUCCCACCAAAUUGUCGUAGGCCUUCACAACAUAAAGCCUAUGUUUAGGAAACCUUUAGUCAAAUAUCUAGGUGUGAUAUGUCUCAUUAAUUUUAUGACAAUGGCUUCAUAUAAUAUCAUAAGAUUAUGGUUUCCCCAAGUCUCAACAGUGGUGGAACAUUACAAGAGCGGUGACCAAGAUCUCUGUACGAUGUUGGACUCUUACACAGACGAUCUAAAACAGAGACGACUUAACACAACUGCUGAGACGCAGUGUGUACCGGUUAGGAGUGGAGCGGAGACAUACAUCAACAGUAUUAUAAUUGGUAGUUUUUCCAUGCUACCGUACUUGGUAACAGGUUUAGUAGUAAACAGAGUAGGAAAGAAGCCUUUGAUAAUAUUGUCUGGAGUAAUUUUCGCUGUUACAACAAUAGGAUUGAGAUGGGCCAAUUCCAAAGAGUUAGUGGUAGCAUUGUUCGCUGUUGACAUAUGUUUUGGACAAACCAUCAUGAGUAUGAACCAAGCGAUCAUUGUUGAGUUUUUUCCGACGACGACUAGGUCUCUUGCUAUAUCGACUACAAUGAUGAUGGGUCGUAUUGGGACAUUAUUAGGGAACAUCGCUUUCCCAGUAAUGCUUAGUACGAGAUGUGAACUGCCCUUCUUUGUUCUAUCAGGACUAAUGUUGAUGGUUGUUGUCACGGCGUGUCUACUACCAAUGAGAAAAAAAUAAAAGUUAAGUUCUAUUAUAUACUCUUUUUAUUUA